AUGUCGAAAACAAGAAUACAUGAAUACUUUGUUCGGGAAUCUUCAGAUUGGGAUGCUGUUGACUUCCUGAACCAGUGCAAUGUGGAGCCCUCAAACUUUGAAGAGAAAGUAGACGAUUACCUUAAAAGCCUCGAGUUCAUAUCUAAUGACAAGCAGCAGGACAGUAACAGACGGCAGAGAGCAAAAUCACUUCUCAACAAAUACAGAAAGGCAACUGCCAGUGUUUGGGGCAUAGGUGGCUUCCUAGGUCGUCUAAUGUUCAAGGCUUCUAACAUACCCAGCGCUGGUAACCCACUGGGGCAUAGGUGGCUUCCUAGGUCGUCUAAUGGUAUUCGACCGGACCGCCAACGUGUAAAGUCAUGGCUGCAAGAACAAUUGCACAAGAAUAGAACUGGUGAAGAAACUGAUCGAAUCUCGGUACAUUUGCACAAUCCAACAUUCGCUGAUGUUGCUAGUGGGAUUAUCCAUGGCGGAACUAUCAAUGGCGGAACCAUUGGAACAUUUGGUAUUGAACCAUCAAAGAAAAGAUCUCAAGAGGCAUGGGCUCGUUUUUUUUGUUAG